AUGGACAAAAAGUAUGCAUUGAAACUCUUGCACAACAACGGCGACCCUGGAUAUACCGAGAAAGGUCGUGAUCUAAACCGAUUUCGCUGUGAAUCCAAGGCAUACGAGAAGCUCUUGACUUCUGGUGUCUGUGAACGCGGCUUCGUUCCAAAAUUCUACGGCUACAUCAAUCAAAUAGAUCCGGCUGCAUUUCAUCCUACUUUCCAGCAUUUCGCCCAAGACCAGUUAAACCGAGCAAUUGAGGGUAUGAAGGAGAUACACAGUGCCGGUGUUCACCACCGAGAUAUCUACCCCAAAAACCUUCUCCUUGUUCAUGGAAACACCGAUAGACUGGUCUGGAUUGACUUUGAUGUUGCAAUGACUUUCACCAACUUUGGACCUGAACAGAAAGCCCGCUGUGACUACGAGAUUGCGCUUGUAAAGGGACUUGGGGAUGCACUAAAAGAUGACCAGGAUAAGGGACUUCCCCCGAAUACGAAAUUCUAUUGA